AUGAGUGCCACGCCGUAUCGUCAUGCCCAAAAGAGGUCGCCUACUACGCCGCUGACUCCCAUGGUGAGAAACAACGUCCGGCGGAAGGUCGACGACGGGACUGAUAGCUUGAAGAGCGUUCUGGCCGUGCCCGAGGACCUACACGAAGUCAAGGAGGAUGCAUCGCUGGCGGAGACAGCAACGCCGGCAGACGUCGAAAAUGUGCCUCCCCAACCACCUACACAGCAGGAAGCUUCCAGACCGCCCACACAGCAGCCGUUGUCACAAAAUUCGCAGCCGGCGAGACCAGCGUCCUCCGACGACUCGUCGCUUGCCCUCCUGGAAGUCUAUCGCCGUGCAUGGCUCAACGAACGCAAAUAUAUCCGCCAGAAAGAACUCGUCGAGUUCCUAGAGCUCGAACGCGCAUGUCCAUAA